AUGUCUUCAAACGGUACUCAGGAGGCCCCCAUUGAGGUCCGCCGCAUCUGCUGUGUCGGUGCUGGUUACGUUGGUGGCCCUACCGCUGCUGUCGUCGCUUUCCAGAACCCCAACAUUCAGGUCACUGUUGUUGACCGAGACACUACCCGCAUUCGCCGUUGGAACUCCCGCCACCCCCCUAUCUACGAGCCCGGUCUGCACGAUAUCGUCCGAAUUGCCCGUGAUGGUGGCCGACCUACCAAGAUCUCCAAUGAGCCUACCACUGACAGUGAGGGUUCCCCUGCCGAGGAGGGCGAGAUCGCCGUCGCUGAGCGCAAGCCCAACCUGUUCUUUUCCACCGACAUUGCCAAGCACAUUGGCGAGGCCGAUAUUGUGCUUGUUGCCGUUAACACUCCCACCAAGUACCGUGGUGUUGGUGCCGGCAGCGCCACUGACAUGACCGCUUUCGAGGCUGUCACCGGUGUUGUUGCUCAGUACGCCCGCGAGGGCGCCAUCAUUGUCGAGAAGUCGACUGUUCCUUGCCGAACUGCCCAGCUUGUCGCUGAUACUCUUAACAUGCACCGCCCUGGUGUCCAUUUCGAGAUUCUCUCCAACCCCGAGUUCUUGGCUGCUGGUACCGCCGUCAACGAUCUCCUCUACCCUGACCGUAUCCUGAUCGGUUCUGCUCCUACCCCCUCUGGUAAGCGAGCUGCCGAGGCUCUCGUCAAGGUUUACAACGCCUGGAUUCCUCGUGAGCGCAUUUUGACCACCAACGUCUGGUCUUCCGAGCUCGCUAAGCUUGUUGCCAACUCUAUGCUGGCUCAGCGUAUCUCCUCCAUUAACUCUAUCUCCGCUGUCUGCGAGCAGACUGGCGCGGAUGUUGAUGAGGUUGCCCGUGCUGUCGGUGUUGACCCCCGUAUUGGUAACAAGUUCUUGAUGGCUGGUAUCGGUUUCGGUGGCAGCUGCUUCAAGAAGGAUGUUCUCAACCUCGUCUACCUUGCUGAGACCAUGGGUCUUCCCGAGGUCGCUGAGUAUUGGCGCCAGGUUGUCAAGAUGAACGAGUAUGCCCGUGACCGUUUCUCCAACCGUGUCAUCAAGUGCCUCAACAACACCCUUGUUGGCAAGAAGGUUACCAUUCUUGGCUUUGCUUUUAAGAAGAACACCUCUGAUACCCGUGAAGCUCCCGCUCUUGAGAUGAUCAAGACCCUUCUUGAGGAGCGCCCCCGUGAGGUGGCUGUCUUCGAUCCCUGCUGUAACCCUCUGGUUAUUAAGGCCGAGAUCAAGGAACUCCUCGGACCCCUCGCUGAGGGACAUAACAUCACCGUUCACGGCAAUGCCUACGAUGCUUGCGACUCCAGUACCGCCAUCAUCAUUGCUACCGAGUUCGAUGAGUUCCGCAACCAGCCUCCUCCUCCUCCCGCCCCUACACCUGCCGUCCAGUCCAAGACCAUUGGCCGCAAGCCCAACCCCAAGGCCGACCCUCGUCCUUUCGAGAGCGCCACCCCCAGUGCCAACGAGCUCCUCGCUCUCCACAAGCACCUUGUGCAACGUGCCGAUGUCCAGUCCCAUGACCCUCUGGACCGCUUCAACGUCGAGCCCAGCUGUGAAGAUGACUGCCCCGACUGCAUCCAGGAGCGUGAGAGCAAGGACACUGGCUUCGCUACAGGAAUGGGAAGCUCCGAGGAGUACAAGCCGAAGGAGCGCGUUGACUGGGUCCGCAUUUCUGAGAGCAUGGCCAAGCCCCGCUGGGUCUUUGAUGGCCGUGGUGUCAUCGACUCUCGCGAGAUGGUCAAGCUUGGCGUGCGCGUCGAGAGUGUUGGUCGCCAGCACCGCUUCUAG